AUGUCAAAAGAAGAAAAUCAAAAUUUAAAAUCGUCAUCGUCAAAAUUAACGGUCAUUGAUAAAAUUCAAAAAUGUCAAUCGGAAAUAACCGGAUAUAGAAUGAAAUGCGAUAAAGAAAUAAACGAUAUUGAGGAAAAAUACAUGCAAUCCGUUCGACCUCACAUAAAAAAUAGAAAUUUGUUGAUACUCAACGUUCCGCAAUUUUGGUCGACCGUACUUUUCAAUCAUCCCCUCCUGCAAUCCAUAUUCGAACCCGGAGAAAAAGAUGUCAUCAAAUACAUGGCGAGCCUCGAUAUCGAAGAAGACCAUAAAAAUCCGGAAAUGUUUAAAAUACACUUUCUAUUCGGUCCGAAUCCUUAUUUCGAAAAUCGCGUUCUCGUCAAAACGUUCACCGAAGAGGGUUCGACGUCAUCGACGAUCAAGUGGAAAAACGAAAAGAAUAAAUUUCCAAAAGUAUCCGAACACGAAUUGUGGGAACACGACGAACUCUCGAUGGAAUUGAAAGGUUUCUUCCGGUGGUUCGUUGACAAUCGCGAACAAUUUUGCGAUCCCAUUGCCGACUUGAUAAGGUGUCAGGUGUGGUACGACCCGCUAGAAUAUUAUUAUUUGGAUAUCGAUAAAGAAAAAUCUAUUUGA